AUGCCUAGCUUCUACGUUACUGGGUGCGAUAGCGGUUUCGGCAGAGACAUUGUGGCUCGUCUGUACGGCAAAGGUCACCAAGUCUUCGCUGGGUGUUUGUUGAGAGAAUCUCUCGAGGACCUCGAGCAGGAUUUCCCCCGUGGUGCUAAGCGUUUUGAAAAGUGUAAGGGCAAUGUAGUGCCAAUCAUGCUUGAUGUUACCGAUGAGGAAAGUGUUCUAAAAGCCGCUGAGAAGAUCAUGGGGCUGACUGACCGUUUAGAUGGAUUGGUUAACAAUGCUGGUAUCCUCAUCGAUGCGGGAUCUGCAGAAUGGAGUUCGACACCGCUAUUUCGCAAGAUGCUCGAGGUUAACGUCAUUGGCACGUCGAGUGUGACGAAAUCAGUUGCCAGUCUCAUCAGAGCCGCCCAGGGCCGCAUUGUCAACGUGGCGAGCCUCGCUGGAGGCUUUGGUUUCCCAUGCGUUGGUACCUAUGUCGCUACUAAGUUUGCGGUUGAGGGCUACAGUGACUCCAUCAGGCAAGACUUUCACCCGUGGGGAGUCACAGUCCACGUCAUUGAACCGGGGAUUUUCCCCAUGACCGGACUGUAUUCUGCCGGGGCUACAUUCAAGGACGCUGUCACUAAGAGAUUCGAGGAGUUGCCUCAAGACAUUCAGAAGCGUAUGGUAAGUGUUGUUGAUUUCGACUGGGUCUACUCGGGUGCAGAGAAGUGA